AUGACGUCCAUGUACUCCGAGACCAGCCGAGACGACACAAGCUUCGUGACUCCAAUGUCACCGUCGCGACAGAAACAUUUCGGGUUCCCACCGGUAAAUUUAGGCUUUGGCUUCUCGGACGAGGAUAUGGACCCGCAAGACGAGAGCGACAUGGACGACAUGUCGGUGUCCGAUCGCAACUACAGUCCACCGGCUUGGCGAAGGCUUGAGAAUGGGGAUCGAUGGUACGGAAACUGGCGAGAGAGUAGGGAUAUCUUGGGCGCUUUCGACCAGCCGAGGCGCAUAAAUCAUACCAACAACAGCAUCUUCCAGAAUGACAUUUUUGAAGCAGCUCGAAGGACGCGCUUACCAACGGGAAGUCUGAGUCCCGAGAAGGGUGCUACACCUGAACCCGAAAGUCCUACCGAGGAUGAGACACUCGUCAAAAUGAAGAGCGAGUCGCCGUCCAAUGGACACAUGAAUGGAGGGACUAUCCAAGAUGAUAUGAUGGCAUCCAUAUCGCCUAGUGGCGUUAGGGAUAAUUAUAUUCGAUUAGCUCUGCGUGCUGAUAUUCAACAAAGAACAGAACCAAUCGAAGCUAUUAUCAACUUUCUGAGAUCGAAAUCAUGGGGCAAUAUAAUCGUCGCAACCUUCGUUGCGUUCCUAUCAAUGACGGCCAUCCGGACGCUUUUCCAGCCCGCACCGCCGCGACCGUCGCCUGAUCUGGUCAAGGUAGCAGGUAUUGCUCGCUCCUUCGAACCAUUGAUCUACUACUCAGAGAAUGGCGUAUCUCAAGUUGGUGACCUUCAAGCAACCGGUGUUGCGGUGUGGGACCUUGGAGAAAGCGUUCGAUCAAGCAACAUGACAUCGGCUCCUAUCAUCGUGAAGUCACUUGACGAGCUCUCGGAAAGCUUGAAAACUCUAGCUAUCGAGCUUACCAAGUUUUUCUCCAACGUUGACGGCGAUAUUGACAGCAUAUUGAUCGUCAUGGAUUGGGCCAGGCGAGAGCUAUCGCAGGUGCAGGCUGUUCCAAGCCAACCUCUCUCUACAGCAUUCGCCAACAUUCACACCCUCCUUUCUCUAGCUGGCAUCUUCGAGAAUCCGAACACAGGGAUGCCGACGCGAUUGGGCGAUAUAGCGACAACUAUGUUUGGCAUGUCGCAACCUCAGCGAACUCGGUACACGCUUCAACGCACAUUUACAGAAUUCCUGUCAGUCUUAGAAGAAGCCAUUGAGAAUGAGCUUCACCAUUCACUGUCCCUAUUCGCCCUAUUCGAAGCUAUCGAUCGCCAGUUCCUAAACUUAGCUCGUGUCGUCGUGCGAGAAUCAUCCCAGCAAGAUGAGCAGCAUGCCGACUUCCUCUCUUCGUUAUGGACGCGAAUCUUAGGCCCUAAAGUGAGUGAGGUCAAGAAGUAUGAGCGCAAUCGCGAAUUACUUCAGAAUGUGCGCGAGAAGACGGUACGGAACAAAGGAAUAUUAGUUGAGCAUAAUGGCAAACUACUUAGCCUAAAAGCCAACCUUGAGACUUUAAGACGGAAGCUGGUUUCACCACUAGUACGAAGUGUAAACAGCAGCACUCUCUCCCUUGAGGAGCAGAUCAAAAGUCUUGAAGAUGUUGGUGUCUACCUCGAGAACCUGCGCGCGCGCCAGAGGGGCAAACUAAUAGAGAUGGUGCACGGAAGUGGCAGCGCCAGGGCUAGUAUCGCAGGAAGCGCGAGGUUAAUCCAUGACCAAGGGAGUUGGGCUUGA